AUGAAACAACCACCAAAAUCAAUAGUCCUUUAUGGAAAAGGAGCAGGUUGUGGACCAACGUUAUUUCAAGCAUUUGAAACUCGUAAAGAAAAUGAAGUGGGUGGAGUUAUAUUAAUUAAUCCAAUAGUAAAUGCAUCAAUUUUAACACGUUCUCCAUUCCAUAAAGCAAGUCAUAUCAAAGCUGUUACUUCACCUGUUGCUAUUAUCUUUGGUCAAUUAUUAACUGAAAAGAAAUAUAUUAGAAAACUAUAUUCAUUAAUUCAAAAUAAAGGAGGGCUUGGAGUUAUUGAGGGAGGUGGAAAUGAUUUAGAAAAAACUCAUAGUGAUGAAUUGACAGAUGAAAUUAUUAACUUUUUGAUUGAAUUUAUUCCAGAAUUACAGUGCUAUUUCAAUGGAGAUGAGUUAGAAAAACAACGCCCGAUUGAAUAUCAAACAAAUUCUAUUGAUGAAAUUAGUCAAUUUCUUAAACAAAGAAAUCUCCAACACCUCACUGAGCUCUUUAUCUCUUAUGGGUAUUGUAAAGUAGAACAUUUUAUGUCAAUGUCCCCAGAUGAAAUAGAUUUUCUUGGACUUGAAGAAAAUGAUAAAACAGCUUUUAAACAACUAAUAGAAGACGCAAAGAAUGAUCCUCUCCUUCUUUAUCCAAAACAAUCUAUUAAAAAUAAAUCAAUUAAUAUAGCUAGUACAAGUAGAAUUAUUUGUAGUGAAGAAGCUUGGAAAGAUUUAGAUUAUAAAACUAAAAGAAAAAGUAUGAAAGAUGUUGUUCUUGGAGCUAUAGGUUUAAAUAAACGUUCACACCCAAGAAAUAGUUCUAUUUGUUAUGGAGAGUCAAUCAGAGAUAAUGACAUAUUUACCCAUCAAUCUAAUAUUAGUUCAGGUUCAACAGACUCAUCUAUUGGACCAGCUACUCCUAGUGAACAAACUUCAAAAAAGAAAGGAAGACUCUCUUUUAUUUUCAAACAAAAUGUAACAAAAUCACAAAAUGAGCCUAUCACCUUAAGUGAAGGGUCUGUUUCUCCAGCAAUUAUGAACGACAGUAUUGUUCUAAAAGAAAAGGAACAAAAAAGAAGAGAUGAUUAUUAG